AUGGAGAGGACUGGAACGCCGAGGCGGUUGUUAGUAAAAUGGAUACUUUUGCGCUGCGUUUGGGUUUGCGUAGCCGCCUGCAGUGGGAAGGUGGAGUUGCAUACAGAGAGGAGAGGGGUGAUCUACAGUCCCUCCUGGCCCCUAAAUUACCCCCCAGGAGUCAACUGCAGCUGGAACAUCCAGGGAGAACGGGGUGAUGUCAUCACCAUCAGUUUCCAUAACUUUGACCUGGAGGAGUCGGGGCACUGUACAGGGGACUGGCUCUUGCUCGGUCCUACGUGGAGGGAGGAAUAUCGGGUGUGCGGUUCUCUCCUUCCCCCUCCGUUUAUCUCCUCCAGAGGACGGGUUUUACUGGACUUCCACUCCCAGCCCAACAGCUCUGGACUGGCCCAAGGUUUCCGCCUUUCGUACAUACGCGGUCGUCUGGGACAGAGCAGCUGUCAGAACGAUGAAUAUCUGUGCGGGAACGGGAAAUGCGUCCCCAGGACGUGGCGUUGUAACGGACUGGACGAGUGCGGCGACAACACGGACGAGAGGAACUGUGCCCCGCCACCCACCGCGGCCCGAUCGAGCCUGUGCCCGCCGGGCAUGCUCCAGUGCACCCAGGUGAAGUCCACACGGUGUCUGCCCACCUCGCUGCGCUGCAACGCCGUCCGAGACUGCCCCGACGGCUCCGACGAAUCAAACUGUCCGGACACCUCCUGCGGAAACCACCUGGCCAACUUCUACGGCUCGUUCGCCUCUCCGGAUUUUUUCCGGCCGAACCGGAGCGGAACGGACCUCCACUGCACCUGGUUCUUGGACACGCAAGAUCCCAAACCCAUCCUGCUGAGACUCGAAUUGCAGCUGAGCCCCGGCGAUUCCGUCCGCGUCUACGACGGUCUGGGGGAGAGAGUGGACCACCUGCUCCAGACGCUCUCUCACCAUAACAACCGACGACCCACUCUCCUGGAGUCGAGCCACGGACAGAUGACCGUACUGUACCACGCCAAGCCUCGCAGCCGCGGGCGCGGAUUCAACGCCACGUACCAGGUCAAAGGUUACUGCUUCCCCGGUGAGCUGCCGUGUGGCACCGACCAGGGCUGCUAUUCGGAGCGGCAACGCUGCGACGGGUACUGGCACUGCCCGUCGGGCAGAGACGAAGAGGGCUGUCCCAUGUGCCCGGCGGGGGAGUACCCGUGCGAGGGGGGAAGCGGCGCGUGCUACACGGCCUCCGAGCGCUGCAACAACCAGAAGAAGUGUCCGGACGGCUCGGACGAAAAGAACUGUUUCAACUGCCAGCCCGGAAACUUCCACUGUGGCACCAACCUCUGUAUCUUCGAAACCUGGCGCUGCGACGGGCAGGAGGAUUGUCUGGAUGGCAGCGAUGAGAGGGACUGUCUGGCGGCUGUGCCCAGGAAAGUGAUCACAGCGGCUCUGAUCGGGAGCCUGGUUUGUGGUCUGCUGCUAGUCAUCGCUCUGGGCUGUGCUUUCAAACUAUACUCUCUGAGGACACGUGAGUACAGAGCCUUUGAAACCCAGAUGACCCGACUUGAAGCAGAGUUCGUUCAGAGAGAGGCCCCGCCCUCUUACGGUCAGCUGAUCGCCCAGGGACUUAUCCCACCUGUGGACGACUUUCCGGCCUACAACCCUGCACAGGCAUCCAUGCUGCAGAACAUACGCACGGCGAUGCGUCGGCAGAUCCGGCGACAUUCCUCCCGGCGAGUUUCGUCACGCCGGCGCCUUGGCCGGCUGUGGAGUCGUCUCUUCCACCGAGGAACACGCCUACGGGGGCAGAUUCCUCUCCUAACCCCCCCAGGGGCGUCACAAAACACCCCCGGCCCACACCGCUACCACACUACGGACGGGAUUAACGGGAUUAACGGAACCGGAGGGGUAGGGGAGGAUUCAGAGGGCGGAGCUGGACAAAGCACCUCCCACUGCUCCACCGCAGCGCUUGGAUUGGCCCUGCAAGCUCACGCGGAGGUGCUGUGUCGCGCCCCCUCGGACUCACCUCCUUCCCCUCUCUCCCACACCUCCCUUGCCUCGGACAGCUUGGAGGAUGACAACGAGGAAGAGGAGAGAUCCACAGGUCCCUCAGGGGUGCACACAAGUUCAGAGCCCAGUCCUCAGACUCCUUCUCCUGUUCAGCGAGAUGCAGAGACCCCAACUGCACCUCCGCAGACUCCCGUGACCCCAGGGAGCUCACACUGCUCCUACAACCGCAGGGUCUCCCGGAAGCUGGUGCAGGGGUUGACUGCUAACCUGGGCGGCGUGACCGUGCAGCGUUACUCUUCGCUGGGCCCUUCUCCUCUCACUUCUCCUGAGUGUCCGCUGGCCUCUGGACUGGCUCAGAGUGAAGAACAGGAGCAGCAGCAGCUGCAGAGACACAGUGCGGCCCCAAGAGGGCGCUCUGAGCAUAAAACGCUCAAGGAAGAAACAACAAUACUGUCACAGUCACCGUACGGAUUCAGGAGCAGUGAGGAAGACGAGGAUGAGACGCUGCUUAUCUACUAA